AAAGCAAUACGGAGGGUUAUAAAACCAGGGACAGAGUGGUACAUUGUUGUUGUUGCUUUUUUAAUUCUAGGAGGAAAGCUGGUUAUCUGGCUUAACCUAAUUAUUGUGUGAUACUGGAUCUCUUGCAUCACAAUGGGGAAUGAAAACAGCCGCACAGAAAAUCAGUCAGAAGUUGCUGGCACAAAUAAAGUCAUCCUAAUACCACCCAACGAAGGAACACAGCAGAAUAUUUCCUCAGCCCUGGCUCCGGAACCAGGCCAACCACCUGGUAAUGGGCAAGAUAUAAAAAAGAAAAAGCAGGAAAAGAAGAGUACAGACAGAUCCGGUGGUCAAGACGUCUUGAAUCUUCUACCUGCAACUACUGCUGCUCCACCACUGCCUGAUAAUGUCUCACCAUUAACCACAAGAGCUACAAGUUCUGGCAGAGAGAGCUGGUCACUAGUAUCUGAUUUCAAGAAAAGGGAACCUCAGCAAGGAGUUGGGCCCCAUAAUCUUCUUUUUGCUGGUCUGGAUAUUAGUGAAGAUGCAAGUUCUCAGAUCCCAGCUAUAAGCAGCAGCAGUAAUGAAGGCAUCGGUAGCCACACUGCUGAAGGUUUAUCUCAUCCAAAUUCAUGUGCAGUGUCUGCAGAGGUGACGGCACAGAGUAAUAUCCUGCAAGAACAUGGAGAACAAACUGGUUCUGACUUAUUGAUACAGGCUGCAGAAGCAAAGGAGAGAAGCCUACAUAUCUCCAUGCCUUUAGCAGAAUGUGCUAAAGAAUAUGUCACAGCAGAUCUCACGGACAGCAGUCAUGAUUUACCAACCCCAAAGCAUAUUGACUUUGUGCCUUCCCCAAAUACUGUGGGUGACAAAGAAAUAGGAACAGCAGAUGCUAUAUUUGUGGACAGUGGCCCAGAAAGUGACAAUAUUGCUGCCUCUUCUAUCAAAAAGAGUGAAUAUGAUCCAGAAAACACAAACUUAGAAACUAGCCCGUCUGCAGAAGCUACUUUGACACAAGGAGUUACACAAACAAAUUCAUGUGAAUUAGAACCAUUAUGGCAGAGUGAACAGCUGGAUCGCAAGAGGGAUUCGCAUGCUGUCUCAUUACCCCAGGGUAAAGAAGCAGGAGAUUACUUUACCACUCAGGAGGCCAAGCAGGGGCCAGGAUUUUUGGAAGUGGGUCAUAAGGAGCAGACUAUAAUACAGCGAGGUGGACAGAAAACAGAUGGCACAGAGUCUCUGUUAAUGAAAAAGGAAACCUUAAUCCUAAAUUAUCCCACAACAGGAGGCUCAGACAGUGAAAAAUAUGGAGCAGUUGUGAAUGUUCAGUGUUUGGUUGAUAACCCUGAGUUCAGUGAUGGCAACAGUUUAUGUAGAGGAGAUAUAACCACAACUAAAGGGAGUGACCCAAACCUACACCUCUCUGAAAACAAUAGAAAGCAACCAGCAGCUUUAAAUCCAGGUUUGGCUUUUAACCCUUCAGACCUGUUCCUGGUACCAAAGACAGAUGAACUUUCAGGGGAGUCUGUGUCUGCAAAUGAACACCACGAUCCAGUUAAAAGUAAAGCACAAAAAACAACUUCUAAAACAGUGGAGCCCAAUUUUGAAAGAGAGCCUCAAAAGGUGAAUUUGUUUGUUAGCACUGAACCUUUCAAUGUGCCUCUGUUGCUUAAGGCAGAGGGAGAGCAAAAAACAGAUCUCACAUCUGAAAACACAAAAGAUCAAGACAGCAUUAAUGAAACAAUAAAAGCUGAUACCGUGUUAGUAGAAAAUAUCCUUCUUUCUGAUGUAGAAAAUGCUAUGAAUUCCAACAAGGAAGAUUCCAUGGUACAUGAAAGAUUGGCACUGGAAAAAUAUGUAUUAGAUUUAACCUGUGGGAGUAAACCCACAGAGCUGAAUCUAAAAGAAACUGACAUUGAAGUAUCUGCAGAAAAAACUGAAGACUCUAUGGGCAAGGACAGAACAGAGGAAGUGCAAGUUAUAGCAACCAGUGGAUCACCUGGAGGGUUAAAUGAGGUCGAAGGGAUACUAUCGAGCUUUGAUAAUAGCAACAAGCAGGACAAGAAAGAUGCCAAUUGCAGGGGUGAUUUCAAAGAAAUCAGCUUUUCAGACAAGACUUUAAAAAGUGACAUAAAUGAAAAAGCUGUGGAAAAGCAUUUGAAUUCAGAGAGUAACUUGAAAGCAGCUGAAGAUAAUUCACUCUGUUUCCAGUGUGAACCUGAACAACAAAUGAGCAAAGAGAAAGCAAUUGCCACACACGACUUGUCCUCAAAGUGCAGCUUUCCACUUGUGGAAACUCCACAGUUAUCCAGGGAACAAUGCCCUCUGAGUUUUGAUCAUUUUAACACUGACACACAAGACAAAACUUUAGUCUUGCUAGGCUAUAAAAUGACUGAAAAGGUUUGUUCAGUUAAUGCACAUGGUUCACCGCUUCUGCACUCUCAGGACAGUAAUAUUAUGCAGACUAAGCAAGAUGAAUGCUGGGAACACACUUUUGCUAAAGAAGCUGUAUUGGAGUCAGAGUGCAAAACUAAGCAUCAAGAAAUGUUUCAAAGCAAUGAGGGGUCUGAAGAAAAUGUACUAACUCCCGAAUCAGAACUUGAACAUCAAGGCUUAAGUGAGUUGAUAGGAACUACUGACUGUGUUGCACUACAUAAAGCAAAAAUUCAGGAGGCCUCACCUAUUUGUGAAAGCAAAGAAUGGAACAGACAAGUAGCGGAGGUGCCUAAUGGUGAUCCUGCGUGCGUACCUGUAACUGUUCUUAAACAAAGCAGUGCUGUAGACAUUGAAGAAAAUAAUGAAAUUAAGCAGGAGGAAUGCAGAGCUGAAGUGGAAAGCUAUGUAGAGGAUAAAGAUUUGGCACUGAAAAAGGAAUGCACACCUGACACACCAAAGCAAGUUCAGCAGGAACAAAUGGCUGCAAAAAGUGACAAAAGUAUGCAAGUGGCACAUUCUGAAAUCUCUCAAGCAUCAGCAAAUACUGAGUUCAGUCCCCAGCAAAAGCAGUGGCGUUUAGAAGAAUCACAUGAUAGCAGCAUAACUGAGAAUAAACAGCCACCCAAGAGUGACAAAGAUGGCUCUCCAGAGACCCUUAAAAGCUAUAUUGAAAAAAAGAAAGAAAUGACAGAUGUUUCAAUAACUCUUCCACAAACAGAGCAGAGAGAGAGCCUGAACUUUGCUGCCAGAAAGAGUCAACAGCACAUUUCAAAUAUAGGAUUUGAAAAACACAAACACCACAGCAAUCUGAAUACUGUCACAAGUACUGAUGAACAGGAACAUAAAGAAAUGGCUCAGAAAAAUGAGCAUUUAGUGGAGUUAAGUUAUCACAGUGACUGUCAGGACCUAUGCAGAAGCAAAUCAGAUAUGUCUCUAGACAUUACAAGCAGCCCUCAAACAGCACCUUCUGUGCUAGAGCCAGAGCUAUUCAAAUAUAAUCCCGAUGCAGUGCCAGGGGAGGACUCAAAUGAAAGUACUGCUUGCAUGAAAGGGAACAUGUGCAACACUGAGCAUUUGCAGAAUAUUUCUGAUCUGAAGGUUGCUACUGUGCAAGACUGCACUCAACAAAAUAAAACUGACCCAGAGGCAGAAGGAAAUCGCUUCAGUAGGCAGAUCUCUAGCAAGCCCAAGCAGGAUAAUAAUUCUUUGAUCUCAGUCAGUCAACAUGAAGAAGCAUGUCAAGAUGAUGCAUUUUCAAAAGAAUCUGACACAAAUGAACAGCCAGACAGCAUAUGUAAGACAGCAGACAAUACUAAUGUAAGCAGUGCUGGUGCUCCUGACUGUAUUCCAGGGGCGCAGAAUUCAAUAAGUGUCACUGAUAUACCACAGGCUUCACUAACUGAUAUUGAAAUAACAUGUUCUGAUGAUGACUCUGAGGAAAAUAUGUAUGAAAAAAACAAGAAUGAUACUCAAAUACUUAGUUCAGAAAACAAAGAAAAAAUGCAAAUGGUGGUGAAAGGCUCAGUUCUAGAAACAAAAAAGGAUCUGACUUCAGACAGUAAAAUCAUCCCAAAAGUUGAAAAUAUAAAACUACAUUUUGAAAGGGACUCUUCUAUCAUAGAGACAAACAAUCAGAAAGUAGAUGUGAAUUCAGAUGCAAAGGAAUAUCCUUCUGCAUUACAGGAACACACGGAAGUGGCUCCCAGCAAUGCUUCAUAUACAUUAAACUGCCCCAAAAAAGCUGAGAAUGAGCAUCUGCCUGCUAGCUCUGAAACAGAAGAAUUCCCAAUUCUUUCUGCAUCGACCUUUGCAUUGGAUCAUCAUAGUGAAGCUAGCCAGCAACCUGAAAACUGUAAGAAUGAUGGUACUGUGGGUGUGUUACUAAAUAAUAAGCUGGUAGUUAAAACGUGCCAAAAUGUCUUAGAAGUUGCUUCUGAUUUGCAGAGUACAGCUGAUCUUACCGUAUCUGUGCAUUUAAAAGACAUUUCACCAGGGAUAAUAAGCACAGCUGAUCAAAACAGCACUGAAGCAGCACAUUUAGAAAAUACUUCCAUGAAAGAAACAAGUAUUCCUGGCCAAAGUUUCCAGUGUGAAGGAGAGAGUAUUUCGCCAAUAUCAGAUUCUGCUGAUGCAGGGCAGUUUGCAGGAAACUUAUCACAAUUUAAUUUUGAGAAGUUAAAGAAGGAGAUAUCUGCAAUUAAAACUAAAGGAACAAAAAGUGAUGUAAACUUCAAAGCACAGCAAAGUGACAGUUCAACUGAGCCUCUGUUCAGUCUUCCUAGCCUAGGAGAGAGGCUGCUGAGUCUUUCAUCUGCUGGUAAACAAGAAGGAUGUAAUGAGGAAAUUGCAACAAAUAUCUGUGUAGAUGACAAGUACAGGAAGAUCUUAGAAAACUCUGGAAGUGCAGAGAAAACUGAAAAUGUUUUGAAAGAGAAUAAUAGCAUUACCAAGACAAAAAUAAAUAUUUCCAAAGAGACUGCAGAAAACUGUGAAAGGGAGAAUGAUGUUCCGAGUUCCAGGACCUUUGGUGCUGGUGCCAGCUUUCCUGAUUUCAGGGAGCAUCUCAGUAAAAUAUUUGAGAAACCUGUGCGUAACGCUGUGAAUACUGAAUUACCCCAGCUUUCAUCUGAAAUUUAUGCAAGCAGUGGGCAAAGUCCUGUGGUUAAAGGUAUACCAGUUCUGCAAAGUGCUGAGAACUUUUCAGAGCCUAACACAGUAGGUGAAGGAGUUAAUGGAAGCAUCAAUAAUGCAGGACAAGAAAAUGACUCAGAAAUAGAGAGAGAAGAGUUGCCUUUGGAUUCUGAGAUUUUUAGCAAAGUUCCCAAAGAAAAGGCAGCACAGCAAGAAGACAUGCUCAGAGAACUAAAGCUUCCAGAAAACGAGGUACAUAAACAGCCAGGUACCUUUUCAGAAAAGAAAAUUUCCGAAUUGGAUGGUUCUAAAUCUGUUGAACUGCCUCUUACAAAUUUAAGAAAGCUGGACAACAAAAGUGGCAGCACAAAAAGCAGUCAGAUGGAAAGAGAGGAAGGUACACGUACUAGCAGUGUGAAUCUUGGAGAGCCUGUGGACCAAGAGAUAGAAAAGCUGGAAUCUGCUUCAUCGGAUGGGACCGAAGCUGCAAACUUAACUGCAUCUUAUCACAAUAAGGACCAGCCCACAAUUCCUGGGACCUCUUCAGAAGAUGCAGGCACUGUUCCAAAGAAUGAUUUAGAAAGUGCAGCCAUCCCAGAGGCAGAGGAAUGUAAUUUAAUUGUACAAAGUGAUGCAAAAUCAGAAGAUCUAAUAUCUUAUGAAAAUCAGUGUCAGGACUUUAUGCCAAAUCAGCAGAAGAAAAGUAAAGACUGUGACCCAAGCACUGUCAAUGGUACCUGCAACAUGUCAGCAUCAACAAUUGUCCAAGGAGACAUCUUCAAAACUGAAAUAAAAAGAGGUGAUCUUUGUAUGUUGUCUGAUGAAAUCCAAGAGAAAUCCACUCACAAUAAUCUUGUGCAUGAAAUUAAGUCUAAGGAUGACACAUAUAUGAUGCUGGAUGCUUUGGGAAGUAGAAAAUGCCUGGAAAUAUUAGGAAAUCUUCAAGACGCACAGCAGGGAAAGGAAGCAACAAUACAUGGGUUAAUAGAUAACUUUAAAAAUGAUGAUCCUUCCCAGGCUGACUUUAAACAUGAACUCAGCAGUGUGACUAAGGGGGAUAUGAAGGAAGAAAGUGACACCAUGUUCAGCACAGCAGAGGCAGAAGCUUCUGUAUGUGGCAAUGAGCAACUUGGAGUCAUCCCUGAAACAGGUAUUACAGGCACAGUAUUAAUUAGUGAAGCAAGCAUUCAAGCUCAAGGGACAGAAACAAAAAAGCAUUACUCAGAAACUGUUACAGGGAUGGAGCCCGAAUCGGAUUUUAUAAGUACAGAUUUUAAUGUUGCUUCUGAAAAUCAAUGGAGCAAGAUGCAUUCAGAACACGACAGCUCACCGCUGGAUGCCAAAGGAAAGGUACCAACCCUUUCAUUUACUGAGCCUAAGAAACAUGACAUCAAUGAACUUCUGGGCAUGGUUACUGAAGGAUUCCCUACAGAAAGCAACUUCCCUGAGCCUUGUCAUUCUCUCCUUCCUGUAUCUGAAAAGGAUGCUAUAGCUGUAACAGCCAAGGCCACUUCAGAUGAGGCAAGAGAUGACAUCAGAAUAGAAAGUUCUCCUGUGCCAGGUGAUGUCAUAAAAUUGGCUUCUUCCCCUGGUUCUUCCAAACAACUGUUAGCUGAUUCUCUGCCUUGUGAAAAUGUUGCUGCUCUGGGUGCUGCUGAGCUGACUGCAGCAAGAAUAUUCUUGCAGUAUUUGGGAGAGUGUACAUGUAUUGAAAAACACCCCAUGAAUCUUAAGUAUAUUUGCAUUUCCCAGCCUGGUAGCUGCAAAGAAGUUGAGAACCCUGUUACUUCUGUUCCUGAGGAUGCUUCCUUGGCUCCUACACCAGCCGAUGAUGUAGAAUCACUUGCUCAAGACAGUGAGGGAUUGGCAAAGGAAAUAAAGAGGAGUUCAGACUCUGAAGAAGCAUUUGAGACACCGGAAUCCACCACUCCUGUAAAGGCUCCACCUGCACUACCGCAGCCACCACUGGAAGUAGCGGUGGUAGAAGCAGCAGCAGUCGACACAGUUGAACAGGAAAUAAGGCCGCAGCUGCCCUUGGAAGACACAGGAUUUUGUUCUGAUACUGUGUCCAUAAUUGAUGCAUCACAUAGUGAAUCAAUUGAAGAAAGCCCAUUCCGUCCUCCCUCCCAUUCAUUUUCUACUGUCUUUGAUGAGGAUAAGCCUAUAGCCAGCAGCGGGACUUACAACUUAGACUUUGAUAACAUUGAGUUGGUAGAUUCUUUUCAUACCUUAGAACCUAGUACUCCAGAAGCUAAGAAUCGUGACCCUAAAGUGAAUGUUCGAAGAAAAUCCACAGAUUCUGUCCCAAUUUCCAGAUCUACUUUGUCUCGGUCUCUUAGUUUGCAAGCUAGUGAUUUUGAUGGUGUUUCCUAUCUUGGCAAUAAUGAAACAGUAAUUCCAACGGCAGACCUGUUCAAUACUGGUUCAAGUAGUGCUUCUAGUACCCUUAAGCGAACAAAGAAACCCAGGCCACCUUCCUUAAAGAAGAAGCAAUCCGCAAAAAAAUCUGCAGACUCUCCACCAGUGAAAGAAACACAACAAGAAACAUCUGACAUUAGCCAACAAGCUUCUGUCCCAAGUGAAGAAAAACUGGAGUCUGAGGUAAAGGUUGAAUCAAUUAAACCUGAAUGUACCGAACCUUCCCAAAUCUUUACCGAGAAACAGGAGGCCUGUGCUGUGCCUGAAGCUUCCUAUCCCUUUGAUCGAGAGAAUUUUGAAGAGAUUAGUACAUUUAGUACUGGAGGAAGCAAAGUGCAAACUUCUCCACCUGCCAGUAAAAAAACCCAACCUCUUACAACGGCACCAGAGGCCGUGGAGGUGACUCCAUCUGACACUGGAGGACAAGAGGAUCCUCCAGUCAGAGGUCUAGCUGUGAGACUAGAGUUUGAUUAUUCUGAGGAAAAAGGCAGCAGAGAGGACCAGCAAGAAAGCACUCCCCCACCCAAAAAAGCAGGUAAAAAAUCUGGUGCCAAAAUGCCACUAAGGAGGCCAAAGACUAAAAAGACAGUGGAAAAGCUUGACAAUGCUCCCACCACACCAACCAAGUCCCUCACUGAUUCAAAUGAUAUCCCAAUUUCAAAAGGCUCUUAUACUUUUGAUAUUGACAAGUGGGAUGAUCCCAACUUUAACCCCUUCUCUUCUACUACAAAAAUGCAAGAAUCUCCCAAAUUGCCUCAACAAACAUACAGUUUUGAUCCAGACACGUGCGAGGACUCAAUUGACACUUUCAGGCUGUCUUCGAAGAUCACCAGCUCACCUUCUAAAUCUCCAGCAUCCUUUGAGAUACCAGCCAAUGGCAAUGAAACAAAUGGAACUGAAGGAGACAAUCUAAAUAAACCUGCAAAAAAGAAGAAGACUCCACUAAAAACGAUGGUAGAAGAUGUGAUGUCUGUAUGUUCUCUGUUUGAUACAUUUAGGGUGAAAAAGUCACCAAAAAGGUCUCCCCUCUCGGAUGCGCCCUCUCAGGAUUCCACUCCACUGCCUACUGCAGAAACACCCCCAGUUAUAUCCACCGUGGUUCACGCGACAGAUGAGGAAAAACUGGCUUCUUCCAUAACCAAUCAGAAACGGACUUGCAUGACUGUGGAUCUGGAUACAGAUAAACAGGAUUACCCACAACCAUCCGAUCUAUCUACAUUUGUAAAUGAGACCAAGUUCAGCUCCCCUACAGAGGAGCUGGAAUAUGGCAACUCAUAUGAAAUAGAAUAUAUGGAGAAAAUAGGCUCCUCCUUGCCGCCGGAUGGCAGUACCCCGAAGAAACAAUCUUUGUACCUUGUAUUUGAUGCACAGCAGGAAAGUCCAGUCAAAUCUCCACCAGUCAGACUAUCUGAUUCUACAACUCCAUGUUCAGGGUCGAGUUUCGAGGAAACUGAAGCCCAGCUAUCCUCUGGAAUGAAAAUACAACACCCAGGUUCCCGGGUUCUAACCACCAGCCAAGAUCUGCACUUACAGUCAACCGACAAAUCAAAACAGAAAGAAUUGGAGCCUAUGAGCUUAGGAACAGCUUCAGACCCCAUUGAAAUGACAACUCCUGAGGACUCCUUUGUCUCUGCUGAUGCUCUUCUCAAUAGGAUAUCGCGUCAAACAUCAAUAUGUGAUCAGCUUGAAUAUUUAGAACCUGACUUAGCAGAAAAGAACCCCCCCGUAUUUGCUCAGAAACUUCAGGAGGAGUUAGAGUUUGCUGCAAUGAGGAUAGAAGCAUUGACGCUAGCCAGACAGAUUACCCUGUCUUCUUUCUGCUCCUUAGAUAUCGAGAAAGAGCCUGGUAUUCCAGCAGAUGUUCCCAUCUCUAAAAGUACUCUGUACUCCCGAAUCAGCACUUCUGAGGCAGAAAAUACCACAGAUCUGCUCUACCAGCAAGAAGAUUUGGAUUCUGCACUACAAAUUGCCAGACAGGAGACUGUGGCCAAAGAAAGAGAAGUAUCUGAGUGGAAAGAUAAAUAUGAAGAAAGCCGAAGGGAAGUGAUGGAGAUGAGGAAAAUAGUUUCAGAAUAUGAGAAGACGAUUGCACAGAUGAUAGGCAAACCUGAGGAUGAACAGAGAGAGAAAUCUGUCUCCCAUCAUACUGUCCAGCAGCUAAUAGUGGAGAAGGAACAAGCUUUGGCAGACCUGAACUCUGUGGAGAAAUCACUGGCAGACCUUUUUAGGAGAUAUGAGAAAAUGAAAGAGGUUCUGGAGGGAUUUCGGAAAAAUGAAGAAGUGUUAAAGAAAUGUGCACAGGAGUAUUUAUCACGAGUAAAGAAAGAGGAACAGAGGUACCAAGCACUCAAAGUUCAUGCUGAAGAAAAACUGGACAGAGCCAAUGCUGAAAUUGCACAAGUCCGAGGCAAGGCUCAACAAGAACAAGCAGCAUAUCAGGCCAGUCUCCGUAAAGAGCAGCUGAAAGUGGAUGCAUUGGAAAGAACACUGGAACAAAAGAAUAAAGAGAUAGAAGAAUUAACGAAGAUUUGUGAUGAACUCAUUGCCAAAAUGGGGAAAAGCUAACUUUUAACCAAAUUUCUGGACUUCAAUAUUGAGUGCAAUAUGACCAUUGGCACACUGAUGUCCAUAUAUUGAUGUGGACAGGUUGUAUUUUCACUUUUUCGUAUGCACUACUGUAUUUUCUUUCUAAAUAAAGUUGAUUUAAUUGUAUGCAGUACUAAGAUGACUAUCAGAAUUUCUUGCUAUCAUUUGCAUUUUCAUAGUAUAUUUCAUAGCAAGUUGAUCUCAAAGUUCCUGUAUCAGGGAGAUGGUCAAGUUCUCUAAUAAAUUACAAGUUGCUGAUCCUAGCCUUCCCUUCGUACAUGAGUUCCCAUGUUGGAUGUCUUUUGGAUUUAAUAUAAACAUGUAUUACUUGCAUGGGGACUCUUGCCUUAAGGAGUGUAAACUUGAUCUGCAUUUGCUGAUUUGUAAAAUAAAAUGAAAAAUGAAAAAAAAUGCAUGUCUCAAAUAAAAUUCUCUAUUGUAAAUAAAUUUUUUCGUUCAAACUUGAAAAUAAGCAUGAUCUUGUUUUACUUGG